GGAGGGCCCGAAGCUACCGCAUGCGAUGCACACCGGUUGCGGCGCUCUGCUUUUCUCCAGCCGGCGGCCGUUGAUGAGGCACACCGCUAUGUAUAAUACCAUCCCAGGUCUUUGCUUCUGCUGAUGUAGUUGCAGCAGGGAAGGCCGGUGAUAAAAGCGUAGAAAAAAAUGUGUUUUCCUCCCAUCUCUUUCGCGCAAACCGGCAAAACUCGAUGGCCAAACAGCCGGCUUGCAUGUUAUAUGUUGUACCACCAACUUACUGGUUGGGAUGUGUGUGUAAGCCGGUCGUCGUAGCUGCGGCGGUUCCGAUGGUUCAACCUGCGUUUGGGACUGUUGUUGGUGCGCGCAGAUCGCUUCCAGAACAUCGCCGUGCAGAUCGUUGCUGAACAGCGUCGCGUCGAGGAUUUUUUUCAUACGUUUUGCGCUGGAUGUCGUGUGUUUUGUUUUAUUUUCGCGGUGCUCUUCUUCGCGACCGGCGGUAAUCGAUACAUAUCCGACGGGCAAGAACCGGCUUUUUGGGCAAAUUUCGCGAUCGUUAUCUUUGGCUCGUCCGCCGAUCCUCCGAACAACGAUUCGAUCCUGGGACCCAUCGCGCCCGAUCGUUCGCCGCGAUGCAGUUUUGCAAGGUCCACUCGAGAGGUCGGCCGCAGUGACACAUUCAGGCGAUCAAACGGAUAGAAUCGGAAUUCAUUUGAAUAAUUUGGCUUGGAUGACAGGAAGUGAUAUUUAUUACCUGACGACGGGGUGAAGAUGGUGCAAGUUUCCUUCUAUGGAUCGUGAGAAUUAUUCGGAGUAGAAUACGUUAGAGGUGAAAAAUUGACGAUCCGUUUCAGUGUGUACCUAAAAUUUGAAAUUGUUAUGAAUACGAAGAAGGUUAAUUCAUGGGGCAAAUAAUUGAAUUAGCGUGAGUGAAUGAGUGAGUUAAUGCUAUAAUCAAAGAAAAUAGAGCUCGAUGAUAAUUAUUUUGAAAAGUCUUGUGAGAAAUAUCGAAGAGAGGUAGUGCUGCUCGGCCGAUGUUAGUACGCCCUAGGUGUUUUGUGCUGGGAAGUGCAGAACGGUGCCAGAAAUCUCCAAAAGUGCUCGAGGGGUGAUUUUCCAAUCCAACCAAUCAAAAUAUAAUCAACGGCAAAGGCGAAGGAAAACAUAGAUAUGGGCAAAUUAAGCAAUUACUGCUCCGGUGUUUCUACUGCUCUGCUGCUGCUGAUGCUGCUACUGGGCCACAUUGGCGCGGUUUUCGGCAAACUGGAGCCCAUCCACCACAAGUGGUCGAGGUCGGAGAUUAUGGAUGGUAACGGGUUGUAUUUGCUAGAGUGGAAGGUCGACCAGAAGGAUAUAGUGUUCACGGUGACGGUCAAUACACGUGGAUUUAUCGGUCUUGGAUUCUCGUACAAAAGCGAACGGAUGAGCGGUUCGGAUUUGGUGCUCGCCUGGGUGGACGACCGCACUGGGAAGCCCAACGUACUGGACUGCCACGGUGGCAAGGAUAGCCGACGGGCACCGAUUCAGGAUGACACACAGAAUUACCAAGUGGAAAGUGGAUACCAAAACCUGACACACACCACCGUCACGUUUCGACGCCCGCUCGAGACGUGCGAUCCGCAUGACGUGAUUAUCGGGACCGACACGAUGAAAGUACUGUGGUCGUACGGGGAUCGCGAUCCGGUCCACGGCGAUUUCAAAGAUCACGGAAAAAAUCGUGGCGCCCGAUCGAUCCACUUUCUGGGACCAUCGUUCAAAAAGCCAACGGAGCCACAGCUGAAGAACGACAUCCGCCAGUGGGACGUAACGGUGAAGAACGUCUCCAUCGACGCCAGCAUGGAUACGCUGUAUUGGUGCAAAAUACUGAAAGCACCGACCCUUCGUGAAAAGCAUCACAUCAUAGGAUACGAGGCGAUACUGACCAAGGAAAGCUCCACCAAACAACCGCUUGUGCAUCAUAUGACUCUGUUCGAGUGCUCGCCGAACUCCUACCCCGGGUCGGACCCAAAUUCGUGGGAUGUGUGGGUUAAGAGCAGCGGAGCGGUUUGCAACAGUAAUCUACUUACGCCACGCGACUGGGAUUCCUGCAUCACACCGGUGGCCACGUGGGGCGUCGGUGCCUCAGGACAGUUCCUUCCCGAGCAUAUCGGUAUCCCGAUCGGAGGCAACAAAGGAGGAGCUAAAUACUAUAUGCUUGAAGUGCACUACGAUAACCCGCGAGCCAAACGCGUCUUGGACCACUCCGGAUUCCGGAUGCAUUAUACGCGGCAUGUCAGGCAGCACGAUGCGGGUAUGAUGAUUUCCGGAGUUUCAAUUUCCGACACCCAAAUGAUUCCGCCCGGUCAGAAAUUGUAUCGAAACGUAGGCAUCUGCGGUCCAUCCUGCACCGGGGCAGUGUUUCCCGAGAAUGGUAUUAACAUCGUAUCGGCGGCGUUGCAUUCUCACGUAGCGGGACGCAAAAUGAAACUGAGGCACGUCCGUGACGGCAAGGAGCUUCCGCGAAUAGUAGAAGACGAUAACUACGAUCAAAGCUUCCAACAAAUUCGACAACUGGAGAAUGAGACAAAUAUUCUUCCCGGGGACUACCUGAUAACGGACUGCGCUUAUGAGACCAUUGGAAGAAAACGACCCACACUCGGCGGUUACUCAACAAAGCAGGAAAUGUGCCUUUCCUUCAUCACAUACUAUCCGAAAAUUGAUCUGGCGGGAUGUUACAGCAUGACUCCGGUGAAGGAGUUUUUCGAAACGUUCGGAGUGUUCCAGUUCUACUCGAUGAACAUGACCGACGUGGAAAACCUUUUCUUGUACAACGGAAACAUUCUGGAUCUCCUCCCGACCACGGUGUUUCCGAACUUUGCUCCUGGGGGAGACAUUGACGACGAACAGAACCAGAUUGCCAUUAAGGCGCUUCAAAAUGCAAAAGAGUACAGCAUCGUGGACGAGGAAGAUAUACUGUACAAGGAAUCCAUUCUGAACAAGCUGAUCAUCUCCGAUCCGGUAGAGUUUCACGAUCGGACGUUUUUGUCGCACUUGAAUCAGCUACCUUGGCAGGAGCCACUGUUCACCAGGCGUGUGGAGCAGAGCAUCCUCACUGGAAAACAUAUGACUUUCUGCCGAGUUUCCAACGAGUCUAUUUCAGUGGCUGCCGAAAUAUUUAAAUAUCCUUCCUUUGAGGCGUUCGUAAAGCCACCCAGUCACUGCCCGUACCACCACUUUAUGGAGUUCAAUCAAUCGUCAGACGCGAGAAAAUUAUCCAGCACAAAGGCCCUUAUCUUGCUUCUGCUAUUGGUUGUUCGUCGCUAUCGCUAAAACGGUCAAAUCUAUCACAAUGUCAUCAUCAACGGUGUCCAAUUGUAGGUAUCUACCUUGGAAACUUGUCACUUUCCCUUUCAUACUAAGAAUCUUUACCUAUUUUAAUUUAUUUUCCCAUCUUGGCCAUCCAACCCAUCCGCUCCUUUUCCUUAUCUCUACAACGCUAUUUAAUUUAAAUGCAUUGUGUUAAUUGUGUAAGUUCUUUAAUUUAUUCAAUCUCUGAAAAAUCUCAGUAGCAUUAUACUGCCCCACUCGCACAACAAACCCGGAUCUGUAAAAAGUAGGUAGCAAUUACAAAGCAACGGCAUUUGAAAUUGUAAAACUCAUUUCCUAUGUAAAACUUAGAACUGUCACAGAUUGCAACUGUGAAAAUAGAGAAUUGGCUUCUUUAGCGGUAUUUAGAUAAUUGCACAUUCAGAAUCUGCAUGCAAAACUGAGUCGAAAUCCAAAUUUUCAUGUAUUUUGGUGCCCGGGAACCAAUUUAAAAACCAGUUUGUAGUUUGUAUGGGAGCGAUUUGUCGAAUCACCCCUCGUCGCAUUUUGUACUGGAUGGAGCUGUCAAGCAGUUGGCCAGCUGUCAAAAGGUGAUUUCGAAAAAUCUCUUCGAAAUCGAUUUGAGGUACCAAAAUGAAGUUCUAAAAAUCUGAAAAAAAUCAUGGUGGCUCAGAAAAGGGUGCUCUUUCGUAUAAAAUUGAAAAAACGAUACAUUUUUCUUAAUUUAAAAACCCAAUUGAUAAUUAAUACCAUUCAUAAGGUUAUCUCAAAAGUUGUGAAAACAUUGACGUACGCGGCCAUUCGCACUCCCUUUCAUCCCGCUCUUUCUCGUAUUUCUUUUAGAGAGUGAGCAAUAAAAAAGAAAAAGCUGACUGCGCUAAUAGAUAGAAAGUCCAAUUGGGUUGUUAUGCGUGUGGGGACAGCAUAGUCACAGACAAACAGAGACAAACAGAGGUAACACUUGCGAAACUUCCAUCGACCACGUUAUUAACGAUAAUUUUAAAUCUUCAUAGUUGUGGCUUUCACAACCAGAGGCGCGCGUAUCGUUUUUCUUUAUAUUUGACGUUUCACUCUAGCGCCUUUUGUUGACGAUAUUGCACAACGCAGAGUUUUGUUAAACAUUUCCAUCAGGUGAUGGUAGUGUGAACUGGGCGAUGGAUCUUCACGAAAAUUGUUCUGGGUGUUACGUCUGUUUGUCUUUAAAAUCAGUAAUUGUAAAAUUUGUGUUUUGCAUCUUUUGAUGGAAAAUUCACGAAUUGUUCAAAUUCCUCUAGGCAUUUCUAUAAAUUUUGUCUGAAUUUAUCUACCUAAACUAUGUAUCUAUAAAUUGCUCAUCAAGAGAAAAAAGUAUGCCAAAGUUUAACUUAAUUUUCUGCGAAAAUUCAAGUAACUAGAUUGUAUCAAGUCGAUUAGUCUGCACUUAUGCUCAUUUAUAGCUAGUAAGAUUCAAACUAAUUGUUUCAUAUGUUAUGUUUAGAAUAUCAAUCAACUUUUUGAUGCGUUACAUUUUCGGAAAACAAAUUACAAGAAUAAAGUAAUCAGUUCUCAAAUGCUUAUUUUUUCUAUUGAAUGUACAUAAUGACAAAUUGAUUAUGUAAUUGACAACCGAAAACAAUAAAUCAGAGUCAACAGAUUUUUCUCCUAGCGUUUGCUAAGUGUACGAGACAUGGAAAUAAUGUAGAAAAAAGUAUAUUCGACAAAUGUUUCUUAGCAUUGCAUCACUUCGCCAUUGUUUCAUUAUGGAUGUAAAGAAUCAUUUUCAAAUCCUGACAUCACAUUUAAAAAAAAAACAAUAGUAAUGUAUAAGGACAAAGUAAUACAAAACUAAAAAUAUAAUGUAAACAAUGUAUACUAUUAGAAAAAAUAUUUAAAGUUUGUUCGAUAAAUAAUUAGUCUGUCAGAAAA